CGGGCGUGCUCUCCCACAGCCUCUGCCUCGGGAACCAUGAAGAUCUCCGUGGCUGCCCUCACUGCCAUCCUCACGGCUGCCGCCCUCUGCGCUCACGCGUCUGCCUCCCCAUAUGGCUCGGACACCACUCCCUGCUGCUUUACCUACCACUCCGUGCAGCUGCCUCGUGACCAUGUCAAGGAGUAUUUCUACACCAGCAGCAAGUGCUCCAAUCUUGCAGUUGUCUUUGUCACUCGAAGGAACCGCCAGGUGUGUGCCAACCCAAAGAAGAAGUGGGUUCGAGAAUACAUCAACUAUUUGGAGAUGAACUCCAAAUAGUUUCUUGAUCCUGAUCCUGUAUAACUCUCUCUCUCUCUCUCUCUCUCUCUCUCUCUCUCUCUCUCUCUCUCACACACACACACACACACACACACACACACACACACUGCUUGCUCUAGUCCUAACCAGCUUUGGGAUGCCACUCACUCAGCAACUCCACUCACUCUUGAGAAGGCACAGAUGCUUUCUUACCAUAGAGAUUAUAACAAAGUCCUCUCCUAAAGCCUGGAAGGUGUACCGAGGCUCUGCCAUGACCACAGGAAGUCUCCAGACUCUGAGCUUCAGGCUUCUCAACUUGGCCAUGGUUUUAGGACCAGUAAAGAAGCCUAUGUGUCUCUCAAGCAAAGAAGAAAAAUAGAAAUCCCAUAUGCAAAUGUUCAUAUCU